AUGGCCGAAGUACUAGCUGUGGUCUCCGGUGGUGCAGGCCUCUUGUCCUUGACUAUUCAGCUAGCGGACAGUGCGAUGAAAUUAAGGGCUCUCUACACUUCCUACAACGCUGCUCCCGAGCUACUGGAAAGAACUGUCCUAGAAAUCGACACACUUGGCCUCCUCAUUGCACAAAUCGAACGGGAUCGUUACUCCAACAGCAAGUCCUGUGAUACAUCAAUACUCUCACGAUGUAUCGAGCUAUGUCGGCAGGGGGUUGGUCGGAUCGGAUCGUUGACCAAGAAAUUGGAGGGCACCAUGAGAGAAUUCAGAAUGCUUGGCCAACUUCGAACGGCGUUCAAAGAGAAGGAUGUACUGAAUCUUUGCCAUGAGCUGGACAGAGCAAAAAACACACUUGCACUGGCAUACAGCAUAUACAUUGAAUCUAAACGGGAGCAGGAUACACGCCAGAUCCUGGAUCUCUUCGCACAGAACAACACCCUGAACAGCCACCUUGACAUGACGAUGAGCUCCCAUAACCGCCUUCUAGCAAAGCUCACUGGUAUACCCAGUGCCGCCCUGGACUCAUUCGACUCCAAUAGCGUCAAGACUGUGUCAGUAAAACAACAGGAUGCUGGUGCGAACUCGAAUGCUGGAAGAUUUACACUUCAUCUUCGUCCCUGGCUGCUGAAAUGGGCGUGGGCGAUAUCGAUACGGCAAACAAAAAUCGGCUGGGACAUCUCACUCCGCAGCUACAACAUGGUACCUUACAACGCACGAAUCAUGCAAUUGUGCAGAAUCGGCGACUUGCAUGGGGUUCAGCAGCUGAUACGGGAAGGAAAAGCGUCACCUUACGACUACAUACCAUUUAGCAUUGCAGAUCAGUCGCCUUUCACAGUUGCAUCCRUGUACAAUCAUCGAGACAUAGCAAGAUAUCUGCACGGACUCGGAAGUCCAGUGUCAUUGAGUGGUCCAAGGCUUUGGUACCUUGACGGAGUCAACCACUUCAAACAGACUCUGCGGAUGAUCCUUUUAGAAUUGGAGGUCCACUCGGAAGAGCUAUUACUGCCACCAGGGGCUGGAGAUACGUGCUGGGUACAUGUCCGCGACACGGAACUUGCCCAACUCCUCCAAGAUGGGUACUGUGUCCCGUAUGGCACCCUGCCAGUCUCAGAGCGAUUCUGUAAUGCCAUGGAACUGGAUCAAGGCGUGGAUCUGUCCCUUUUUUAUAAGGUUCUGGGUGAUUUCGUACCUGUAUCCACAUUGAUUGGAUUGAAGGCUCAACGUGGGAGAACACUCAUACACCUCAUUGCAUCUCAAAUGGCUCUGGAGUGCGAUGAAAGCGGCCAGUGGACGGAUUUCUUCCGACUCGCAUUACAAACUGGCGCGGACGUCUCUCUGCUCGAUGACGACGGGAUUUCACCCCUGCGGGUGCUUUCAUACGGCCCGGAAGGAGGUUUUAUAUACGAAGAAGGCAUCGAUCGUGAACUUCAUGCUUUACAGAUCUGGACGAUUUGCGUAUUUGAGGCUGGACUGGAUCUGCUCGUAUACGGCAAAACAGAGUAUGAGAACUGGCCACAAAGUGCGUGGCGACGAUUGGAGUUCGGUCCGACACCUCUCGACUGGUACUACUCAACUGCUUAUCCCUUACACACAUGUGUAGAGCUCGAUCUGCCAGGUCGGUGGCCAGGUGAUAUCUCUAACGCACCAGUCACCAUCCCUUGGAAGCCCUCUGAUCAGGAUUUCGCAUGGCUACCUACGUGGACACAUGAUAUCCAUCUGUGGCAGGAGAAACCAUUAAAGUUGCAAAGAUGUAGAGACAAAUCAAUGGCCAGCGAGUUACUCGAUGACCGACAACGAAUAGGGCUGCUCGAUGCUAGUCAAGAUGACAUCGGGUUGGUGGCCCGGCUCGUCGCUCUAUCUCCAAUACAUGAGCAGCGAAAAAAACAGAGACGCCGCAGUUCAAGCCAACCUCCUGCUUCUCAAAAGCAUUCGGGAAGGGACUUUCAUUACACGAAGCGUGUGUGGCUAACAGUCCAUCUUUGUCGGAUUGACCUACGAUGGCGGUCUCCCGGUGCAGUGUAUGAGACUUGCAGGGAAUGCUGCACGGCACAAUGGACCACCGAAGGCCCUUGGAAAAGCAUCAAAGAUCAGAUGCUGUACUUUCAACUGCAGUACGCGACGCUUGAUCAGUUACGCGAGCUUCCAUUCGCGGCUUACCGGUGGCAGAAUGGAUUGGACUGGGACGAAGUCGGAGCCUACGCCUUUACUGGAUGGUGA